GUCUGUGUUUUGGUUGUCCCAGCUGGAGAACAGUAUGACGUCAUUGUCUGACAUAAACCAAGGCCAUUAGUUCGUUAUUGUAGAGAACAAAGGAUACACAGAUUGAAAAUGGGAAACUGCUUUAAAUCAACAAAUAAUGAUGACAUUUCGUUACUUAGAGGUAACGAUAGUCACGAUUCGGCCCUCGAACCAGCUCAAUUUAUUGAGCCACCACCACCAUACAGGGCACAGCCUGAGCAGCAUCAUAGAAUGCCAAUCUAUCACCCAUCACCUGGUGUAAGUCGACUAGCGAAUCAGCUUACAGAAGAAGAGCAGAUCAAAAUAGCACAGCGCUUAGGGCUGAUAAACCACCUACCAACAGGGAAAUAUGACGGAACAAAUAAAAAAGCAAAAGAGUGUGUUAUCUGUAUGAAUGAAUUUCUGUUUGGGGAACAGCUUCGAUUCCUUCCCUGUAUGCAUACGUAUCACAGAGAUUGUAUUGAUGACUGGCUAAUGCGAUCUUUCACCUGCCCUAGCUGUAUGGAACCAGUCGAUGCUGCUCUGCUCACAACAUAUCAGACAAGUUGAUCUCAGGUUCUAGACUUUCCUUAUUCAUGCAACACCUUAUAUCAGUAGUAUGAUAAUCUAUGCUGUCAUAACCGUCUUCAUGUAAAGAAGGUACUAUCAAAUCCAAUAUUUUUCAAAGAUAAAGUCUGCAUGGAGUUGUCUGGUAUUUCAUGACUUGAUAAUUCAGCAUUUAAUUUGUUAACAUGCUUUCAAAGUUUGUAACAGUUUAGAGCUCAGAAAAUCCAAAGUCCUUGAACUGAUUGAGUGUGAAGUGCUCGUAUUUGACAUGUACCUGCAAUUUGCAUGUUGACACAUAGGACUAGUAAUCUUCCAUUGUUUAACUACAGAUAGUUUUUUUAUAAAUAUCAUGUUUGUUGAAUAUGCAUUCUAUUACAAAUUCAAUUGCAUUUUUAUUAUUAGAUUUUCUUCAAUUCUUGAUAAAGCUGUUUCAUAAAAAUGAAUCAGUUUUGUGAAUCAUCAAUGAACUAAAUAAAUACAUUUGGGAGGAAAGUGGUUGUGGGUUUUGUUUCAUCUUCAUUAAAAAAAAAUGGAGGUGAUCAUGUAACAAAUAUGUUUGUUUAAAAUUUGAUCAUGUCACAAAUAUGUUUGAUUAAUAUUUUAUCGUGUAACAAAUAUGUUUGUUUAAAAUCUGAUAAUAUGUAACAGACACGUUUGUUUAAAGUUUGCCUUAGAAUACUGAACAAAUGUCUCAGUCUCACAUUGUUCUUUUUUUUAAUUGUUGAAAUCCUAUUGGCUCACCCUGAUUUAAUGAAUUACCACAACAAGAUGAGCAUAAUCACAGGUUUCUUUAAUUAGCCUAAAGACAACUCUUGUAGACACUGAUGCUAGUCUGGCAUGCAAUCUGUAUCACCCUAUUUAUUGUUAAAUGUUAACCAGGAUCAAAGAGAUCAUCUAUUUUAUCAUUGCUGUUAUGACAUUGUGUAGCAUAUAUUCCCAUGUCAUCUAUUUAAAGACUUGUGUUGUAACAAGGCCUGAAACUCAUGUCUGUUGAUUGAUGAGGAAGUGAGAUAGAGUAUGCCUGAUCACAUCACUUGUAAUACUAUUUUUAGAACUGUUUUUUUUAAUCUACAGCCACAUAGUGUAGCUUUUCUUUAGUUAAUAAAGAGCUAUUAGUGCCAUGAGGAUAAAUAAACAGAAUUCAUGUUUUACAAUUACCUGUAAAUAAUGACAUUUUUAUCAAUCUUUAGAACAUUUUUAUCCUUUGAAGCCAAAUGGUCCACUGGAAUUUGUGUCAGUUACUUCAAGUUUAUGGGUGUUUCCUGAUGCUGUUUUUUCUAAAUGUGAAGAUAACAUUAAGGAAAAUCAUCAUAUCCUGAGCGCACAAGUAGUUUUAAAUUAAUUUUUUGUUUGUACUUUGAGGGCUAUAUAUGUUGUGUACUUUAUAUUUUAAGCAACAGAUUGUGGAUUUAGUUGCUGGUUGUCAUUUGUUGCAUUUAAAGAACAUCUUUUUAUUUAUUUUAUUUUUCUCAGUUUUUGCAUUAAGUUUAAGGAAAGAAAUGACUCCACAUUAUUAUAAUUUAGGUUUUUCCCUAUAGCAUGAUUAGUCUGUGAUUUAUUUUGUGAUAAAUUUAUUUCUUAAGCUAUGGAUGUUUAGGAAUGUAAAAAAAAAAAUCAAAUCUGAUUAAGGUUUGUGUAAAUGCCAUGUAACCAAGGCGUCCAAGACUUAAAUAAUAAAGUAAUCAAGUCAUUAGUUUAUUAUUUUUUGUGUGCAUAUAGGUUAUUUUUUUACAUCAGACUAAAUGUAAUGCUAUUUUCUGAAUAGAUUUCAAGAAUUUUUAAAAAUAAAAUUUGGCUUAUGUUUGAAGUUAAAUUGUUGGAAAAACAUUUGUUUUGAUAUUUUAUUUCCUGCAAAAACAUUUUAAGUUGAAACACUAUCACAAGACUUAUCCAUUUAUGCUUAUAUGGUCUUUCAUUUAUUUUGUAAAAAAACGUAUUUGCUAUCUUAUUUUGUCCAUUUUUAUUCCUGUAAGAAGAAAGAAUGAGCACUCAAUUGAUACUGAAAGAUUUUGUGAAAAAAAUGUUCGCUUUUAAAUGAAGUUUGAGAUGAAACUUUGUGUAAUAUGAUACAAAUUAUUGUAAUCUUUAUAUUGUUUUAAAAACUAAAAAAAUGUGUAUAUACAUAUGUAAAUAGAAAAAGUGAUUUAUGUUGGUCUAAUACAAAAAGAUAACUUUUAUAAAGCAGAUGUUAGUUGAUUAUGAUAAGGGCAAAAUAACUUUUAUGUAAAUUAAAAAGCUCAGAAGAAACAAUUUUUCAGCCAAUCAAAAAGUUGAUUUUUGCUACAUGUAUGCCUGCAUUAACAAUAAUUUUUUGUGUAAGAUAUGUAAUCAAGUGAUAAAAUUUCAAUUGCUCGCUACACAUCAGUUAAAGUAGUUUAAUCUUGUAGUAUAACAAAACCGAGUGCAUUAGACUUUUUAGCCAUGCACGAUUGUCAUACAAAUGUAUAGCAUGUUCCACACGCCCUGUAUUGAAUUGUGUAUUGUGACAUUUGGUUGUGAAGAUGAGAGAAACAUGAAUGACAGGUUUCUAAUUGUUGGACAAGUUGUAUCCUGCCAUUAAACUCAUCCAUUCAAUAAAACUAAGCUGAAAA